UUCAGGAUAAGUAUGAGCUGCGUAUGGGUCACGUCAAAAAAAGGGUCCCUAGGGUUGCUUUGUGCAUCAGUUGAAUACCUGGCUUCCAACACCUCUUGUUGGAUCGCCCCCUACAGGAGGGCAGCCAGAAGGCAAGCAAUCCGUCAUCCCACCAAGAUUGAGAAGGACAACAAGGGUCCCACAAAGGCCACCACCACCAAGCUGGUCUACCAGAUCUUUGACACAUUCUUCUCCGACCAGAUUGAUCAGAAUGACAAGGAGGGUGGCGUCAAGAGGCAGCGCUGUGGGGUUUGUGAGGUGUGCCAGGCCCCUGACUGUGGGAAGUGCACAGCCUGUAAGGACAUGGUCAAGUUUGGUGGGAGUGGUCGUAGUAAACAAGCCUGCCAGAAGAGGAGGUGUCCCAACUUGGCUGUGAAGGAAGCUGAGGAUGACGAGAACAUGGAGGAGGAGGAUGUACUCCCCCCAUUGAAGGCCACAGCCAAGAUGUCCCAGUACAAGAAGAAGAAGCAGAGUCAGAGCAAGCUGUCUUGGGUGGAUGAGCCCAUUUGGAAGGAGGGCAAGAAGGAGUACUACAUGAAAGUGUGUGUGGAUAAUGAGGUUCUAGAAGUGGGCGACUAUGUGUCCGUCAGUCCAGAUGACCCGUCCAAACCUCUGUACCUGGCCAGGAUCACAGCACUGUGGGAGGACAACAACGGCAAGAUGUUCCACGCUCACUGGUUCUACCGUGGCACAGAGACCGUCCUGGGGGAGUCAUCUGAUCCACUGGAGCUCUUCCUGGUGGAUGAGUGUGAGGACAUGCAGCUCAACUACGUUAAAGAGAAAGUCAACGUCUUCUAUAAGGCCCCUUCCAACAACUGGUUCAUGGAGGGUGGAAUGGAUGAUGAUAUGAAAGUCAUUGAGGAUGACGGGAAGAGCUUCUUCUACCAGUUGUGGUAUGACGGCGAGUUUGCCCGUUUUGAGACUCCGCCCAAGGUCACAUCUUCUGAAGACUGCAAGUUCCGGUUCUGUGCCAGCUGCGUUCGGAACAAGGAGCGCGAGGAGCAGGAGACUCCUUGCGCACUGGAACCCCUGCAUGAGGAACAUGAGUCCAAAGUGCUGCAUGGGCUGGCCUGCCUGAAGGGGGUGCAGUACCGUGUGGGAGACAGCGUAUACAUGCUGCCUGAGGCAUUCUCCUUUGGGGUGAAGGCCGCCAGCCCAGUGAAGCGCUCGCAUAGGAAGGAUGAUGUGGAUGAGGAGCUGUACCCGGAGUAUUACAGGAAGUCUUCAGACUACAUCAAGGGCUCCAACCUGGAUGCCCCCGAGCCAUUCCGCAUUGGCCGCAUCAAGGAGAUCUUCUGCCUUAAACGCAGCAAUGGCAAGGCCAACCAGGCUGAGGUCAAGCUGCGGCUGUACAAGCUCUACAGGGCAGAGAACACACACAAGGGGGUUAAGGCAGGUUACCACGCAGACAUCAACCAGUUGUACUGGAGCGAUGAUGAGGUCACUGUGGACCUGGCGGAGGUCCAGGGUCGCUGUCGGGUUGAGUAUGGAGAAGAUCUCAUUGAGACCGUGCAGGAGUAUUCAAACGGUGGCCCUGACCGUUUCUACUUCUUGGAGGCUUAUAAUGCCAAGACUAAGAGCUUCGAGGACCCACCAAACCAUGCACGUUCUGCUACCCACAAAGGGAAGGGAAAAGGCAAGGGCAAAGGAAAGGGUAAGGGCAAGUCCUCCCCCCAGGAGCAGCAGGAGCAAGAACUACAAGAGCCUAAGGUUCCCAAGCUUCGUACCCUGGAUGUGUUCUCUGGAUGUGGCGGUCUGUCUGAGGGCUUCCACCAGGCUGGCAUCUGUGAGACCCUGUGGGCCAUCGAAAUGUGGGAACCAGCUGCCCAGGCCUUCAGGCUGAACAACCCCGGCUCCACGGUCUUCACGGAGGACUGCAACGUACUGCUGAAGUUGGUCAUGUCGGGCGAGAAGACCAACUCGCUGGGCCAGAAGCUGCCGCAGAAAGGUGACGUGGAGAUGCUGUGUGGAGGCCCACCAUGCCAAGGCUUCAGUGGGAUGAACCGCUUCAACUCACGCACCUACUCAAAGUUCAAGAACUCUUUGGUGGUCUCCUAUCUCAGUUACUGUGACUACUACAGACCCAAGUUCUUCCUGCUGGAGAACGUGAGGAACUUUGUCUCUUUCAAGCGUUCCAUGGUGCUGAAGCUGACAUUGCGCUGCUUGGUACGCAUGGGCUACCAGUGCACCUUCGGGGUGCUGCAGGCUGGGCAGUACGGUGUCGCUCAGACUAGGCGCCGAGCCAUCAUCCUGGCAGCCGCCCCGGGCGAGAAACUGCCACGUUACCCUGAGCCACUGCAUGUGUUCGCCCCCCGAGCCUGCUCCCUGAAUGUGGUGGUGGACGAGAAGAGAUAUGUGACCAACGUCACACGGGGUAAUGGAGGGGUGUACCGAACCAUCACAGUGCGGGACACAAUGUCCGACUUGCCUGAGAUCCGGAAUGGGGCAUCCGCCCUGGAGAUUUCCUACAAUGGGGAGCCCCAAUCCUGGUUCCAGAGGCAGAUCCGUGGCUCUCAGUACCAACCCAUCCUGCGGGACCACAUCUGCAAG